CGCCGUCAAGCUGUUCGGUGAAUUGCUAGACCACGCUAGGCCGGCCUCGGUGAUCGCCAUCAAUCAGCUCCUCGCCGCCGUCUCUCGCGCCCAGCGCAGGGGCUCCUCCUCCUCGGAGCUCGUCCCCUCCCUCUUCAACCGGAUGGCCCGUGCUUGCUCCAACAAGGUAGCUCCCGACCUGCACACCUACAGCAUCCUCAUAAACUGCUUCUGCCGAAUGGGACGCCUGGAGCUUGGUUUCACCGCCUUUGGCCUCAUCCUUAAGACAGGCUGGAGGGUGAAUGGCAUAGUCAUCAGUCAACUGCUCAAAGGUCUCUGUGACAGAAAGUGCGUGUCUGAGGCUAUGGACAUAUUGCUCCGACGAAUGCCUGAGUUUGGCUGCACGCCAGGUGCAGCUUCAUACAGCACAGUUCUAAAGGGUUUAUGCAACGAAAAGAGAGGUGAGGAGGCACUUGAGCUGCUCCACGUGAUGGCCGAUGAUGGAGGUGGUGGAUGCCCACCAGAUGUCGUGGCGUACAACAUUGUCAUCAAUGGCUUAUUUAGAGAGGGUCAGGUGGACAAAGCUUACAACCUAUUUCGUGAAAUCGAUAACCAGGGGAUUUUGCCGACUGUUGUGACCUACACCACAGUCAUCGAUGGCCUAUGCAAAGCUCAAGCUGUUGAGAGGGCCGAGGGUGUCCUUCGGCAGAUGGUUCAUAAAGGUGUCAAGCCAAAUAAUCAAACAUAUACUUGCCUGAUCCAUGGAUAUUGCUCUUCAGGACAGGGGAAAGAGGUGGUUCGAAUGCUCAAAGAAAUGUCUGCACAUGGUUAUCAGCCAGAUAUUGUCACUUGUAAUUUGCUGAUGGAUUACCUUUGCAAGAGUGGAAGAUGCACAGAGGCUAGAAAGAUUUUUGAUUCUAUGAUUGAAAAGGGCACAAAACCUGAUGUAACUACAUAUAACACUCUGCUUAAUGGGUAUGCUACCAAAGGAGCACUUUCUGAUAUGCAUGGUCUAUUGGAUUUGAUGGCAGGAAAUGAUAUUUCACCUGACCAUUGUACCUUUAACAUAGUUCUCUGGGCAUAUGCUAAAGGUGGUAAGAUAGAUGGGGCAAUGCAUAUAUUUGACCAAAUGAGGCAGCAAGGGUUGAGUCCAGAUGUAGUCAGCUAUGGAGCAAUAAUAGAUGCAUUUUGCAAGAUGGGAAGAGUAGAUGAAGCUAUGCUUAAAUUCAAUCAGAUGAUCUAUGAAGGGGUGAGUCCUGAUAUCAUUGUAUUUAGCUCACUAGUUUACGGACUGUGCACUGCUGACAAAUGGGAGAAGGCUAAUGAAUUAUUUUCUGAAAUGCUGAAUCAAGGGAUCCAUCCCAAUGCCUUGUUCUUCAACACAAUAAUGUGUAACCUUUGCAGAGAAGGACGAGUCACGGAAGCCCAGAGUCUCCUUGACUUGAUGGUACGUGUAGGUGUGAGGCCUGAUGUUAUCUCAUAUACUACGUUAAUGGAUGGCCACUGCUUAGCUGGUAGGAUGAAGGAAGCUAUGAAGUUACUUGAUGAUAUGGUCCGAGUUGGCUUGAAACCAGAUGCCUUUUCUUAUAAUACUUUGCUUCAUGGCUAUUGUAGAGCUGGCAGGAUAGAUGAUGCAGUUAGACUAUUCAGAAAAAUGUUAAGCAAUGAAGUUAGGCCUGGAAUUGUCACUUAUACCAUGGUACUUCAGGGUUUAUUUCGGUCUGGGAAAUUUUCUGAAGCAAAAGAACUCUAUAUCAAUAUGAUCAAAAGUGGAAUGCAGCUGAACAUUUACACGUACAACAUAAUUCUGAAUGGUCUUUGCAAAAAUGAUUAUGUUGAUGAGGCAUUUAAAAUAUUUCAGAGUCUAUGUUCUAAGAGUUUUCAACUUCACAUUAGUACCUUCAAUAUUAUGAUUGAUGCUUUUCUCAAAAGUGGCAGAAAGGAAGAUGCUAUGGAUAUGUUCACUGCUAUCUCUGCCCAUGGUUUAGUUCCAAGUGUUGUGACCUAUCGCUUAAUCAUACAAAAUCUCAUAAAAGAAGGGUUGCUAGAAGAGUCUGACAAUCUGUUUUUAGCAAUGGAAAAGAGUGGAUGCACUCCAGACUCUCGUAUUCUAAAUGCUCUAGUUAGGGGUCUGUUGCAUAGAGGUGAGAUAAUGAGGGCUGGGGCUUACCUCUCCAAAAUUGAUGAGAUGAACUUCUCACUUGAGGCAUCCACUACUUCCUUGCUAAUAUCAGUUUUCUCGAGGGAGACAUAUCAGCACCAUGCAAAGUCCCUGCCUGAAAAGUACCAUUUUCUUGUGGAUGUCAAUAGAAAUGCUGUUGUGUUGGUGCGGUUAAGUGUUUAUCUCCAGGUACCCUGCACUCAUGGUGAUAAAAUAUAUGAUCUGGACCUCUUGAUCCUUGACAACGCCCACUCCACGCCGCGGCCACCGCCGGUAGCAUUCCAGAUCCAUCGCUCGCCCACUCCACGCCGCAGAACGCGCUGUUCCGCCCCCACCGAUCGAGCCGCCACGCCCGACCCGGAGGCGGAUGCAGGGCCGCCCAUCCGUCUCCUCGCCGGGCCGCUAGCCGUGCCGUGCCCCGCCGGCAUGUCCUGCCGCGUGCGCGACCGCUGCUUGGAGCUGGAGCGCGCCAUCGUUGGCCGCGUUAGCUCGGGAAAAAGCCUCGGUAUCGAUGACGCCGUCAAGAUGUUCGACGAAUUGCUCCCCCACGCCAGGCCGGCCUCGGUUCGCGCCUUCAACCACCUCCUUACCUCCAUCUUUCGCGCCCAGGGAAGGGGCUCCUCGACCUCCGCGCUCGUCGUGUCCCUCUUCAACCGGAUGGUCCGUGCCUCCCCGAACAAGGUGGCUCCCAAUGCGUCCACCUACAACAUCCUCAUCGGUUGCUUCUGCCGCAUGGGACGCCUGGAGCUUGGUUUCGCCUCCUUUGGCCUCGUCCUCAAGGCGGGCUGGAGGGUGCAAACAGUCAUCAAUCCGCUUCUCAAAGGUCUCUGUGACACAAAGAGGGUGGAUGAGGCCAUGGACAUAUUACUCCGACGAAUGCCCGAGUUUGGCUGCCCACCAAAUGUCGUGGCGUACAGCAUCGUCAUCGAUGGCUUAUUUAGAGAGGGUCAGGUGGACAAAGCUUACAACCUAUUUCGUGAAAUCGAUAACCAGGGGAUUUUGCCGACUGUUGUGACCUACACCACAGUCAUCAAUGGCCUAUGCAAAGCUCAAGCUGUUGACAGGGCCGAGGGUGUCCUUCGGCAGAUGGUUCAUAAAGGUGUCAAGCCAAACAAUCAGACAUAUACUUGCCUGAUCCAUGGAUAUUGCUCUUCAGGACAGGGGAAAGAGGUGGUUCGAAUGCUCAAAGAAAUGUCCGCACAUGGUCAUGGUCCUAAUGUUGUCACUUGUAAUUUGCUGCUGGAUUACCUUUGCAAGAGUGGAAGAUGCACAGUGGCUAGAAAGAUUUUUGAUUCUAUGAUUGAAAAGGGCACAAAACCUAAUGUAACUACAUAUAACACUCUGCUUAAUGGGUAUGCUACCAAAGGAGCUCUUUCUGAUAUGCAUGGUCUAUUGGAUUUGAUGGCAGGAAAUGAUAUUUCACCUGACCAUUGUACCUUUAACAUAGUUCUCUGGGCAUAUGCUAAAGGUGGUAAGAUAGAUGGGGCAAUGCAUAUAUUUGACCAAAUGAGGCAGCAAGGGUUGAGUCCAAAUGUAGUCAACUAUGGAGCAAUAAUAGAUGCACUUUGCAAGUCGGGAAGAGUGGACGAGGCUAUGCUCAAAUUUAAUCAGAUGAUCUAUGAAGGGGUGAGUCCUGAUAUCAUUGUAUUUAGCUCACUAGUUUAUGGACUGUGCACUGCUGACAAAUGGGAGAAGGCUAAUGAAUUAUUUUCUGAAAUGCUGAAUCAUGGUGUCCAUCCCGAUUCCACGUUCUUCAACACAAUAAUGUGUAACCUUUGCAGAGAAGGACGAGUCACGGAAGCCCAGAGUCUCCUUGACUUGAUGGUGUGUGUAGGUGUGAGACCUGAUGUUAUCUCAUAUACUACGUUAAUGGAUGGCCACUGCUUAGCUGGUAGGAUGAAGGAAGCUAUGAAGUUACUUGAUGAUAUGGUCCGAGUUGGCUUGAAACCAGAGGCCUUUUCUUAUAAUACUUUGCUUCAUGGCUAUUGUAGAGCUGGCAGGAUAGAUGAUGCAGUUAGACUAUUCAGAGAAAUGUUAAGCAAUGAAGUUAGGCCUGGAAUUGUCACUUAUAGCAUGGUACUUCAGGGUUUAUUUCGGUCUGGGAAAAUUUCUGAAGCAAAAGAACUCUAUAUCAAUAUGAUCAAAAGUGGAAUGCAGCUGGACAUUUACACGUACAACAUAAUUCUGAAUGGUCUUUGCAAAAAUGAUUAUGUUGAUGAGGCAUUUAAAAUAUUUCAGAGUCUAUGUUCUAAGGGUUUUCAACUUCACAUUAGUACCUUCAAUAUUAUGAUUGAUGCUUUUCUCAAAAGUGGCAGAAAGGAAGAUGCUAUGGAUAUGUUCACUGCUAUCUCUGCCCAUGGUUUAGUUCCAAGUGUUGUGACCUAUUGCUUAAUGAUAGAAAAUCUCAUAAAAGAAGGGUUGCUAGAAGAGUCUGACAAUCUGUUUUUAGCAAUGGAAAAGAGUGGAUGCACUCCAGACUCUCGUAUGCUAAAUGCUCUAGUUAGGGGUCUGUUGCAUAGAGGUGAGGUAAUGAGGGCUGGGGCUUACCUCGCCAAAAUUGAUGAGAUGAACUUCUCACUUGAGGCAUCCACUACUUCCUUGCUAAUAUCAGUUUUCUCGAGGGAGGAAUAUCAGCACCAUGCAAAGUCCCUGCCUGAAAAGUACCAUUUUCUUGUGGAUGUCAAUAAAUGAGGAUUUUUUCAGAGGAAUUGGAUUCUCAACUGUGUUGAGACAUCUUUUAUGUGGCGCAUAAAUUUGUUGGAGUGAUUAUGUCUAUCCAUUGCAGUGAAUAUUUCUGUCUCAUGCUCUAAGUUACUUGCCAUAUUCUGUGGUCUCCUUUGUUUAGAGAAAUGUUAUCAUGAUAGUGCUCUUCAGUAUCAAGUUUAUCACCAAGUAAAAAUUAUCUUGUUUUCAGUUGCACUUAUAUUUACAACAGGGAUCAAUUUACAUGUUGAUGGUUCAAGAAGGUUUGGAUGCUUUUCGUUGCAUAAUUUGUUAAGAAAUCCUGCACUUCCAAGGAUAAAAUAAAUCAUAAGUGUUUACUGCUUGCAAUUCAAUGUAUCUAGUAAAUCCAAUACUAUCAUUCUUUGGAAUAUGGAUUAAUAGAUAAGGAACAGACUCUAAUGGGAAAAAAAUGUUUGUUUAGUAUAAAGUGUUUACCAACUCUGUCACCAUUAUCUUCUACAUUGGUUAUUCUUUAGAUGUUUUUGAAGGUAUUGAUUUUAUAUUCCCUGUUGAUGCAUAUCAGCAUGUUGCAUAAUCAGUUCACAAAACCACUACUGUCCAUAAUGUUCUGGUUAGCCUUGCUUGUUGACAUGGUUUUACCUUUCUGCAGCUGUAUUAUCUAUGUGUUACUUGUUGGCACUCUUUUUUAUGACUUCAGUUGAAUAUUGUGUUUGGGAAGUUGCAUACUUGGAUGAAGUUGAAUAUUUGAUGCCACUUGAAAGGCUGGGCGCUUCCAACAACUGUAGCCCUUUAAAGGUUGGCACACUCCUUCCUUAAUAACUCCAUUGUCGAAUCAUGCUUUCUUUGUUCACUUUUCAUGUUUCACAUAUUGAGUAAUGUUUCUGAUGCUUCGAGUUCCUUGUUUGUUCGGUUGGUUUUUGUUUUCUGCGGCUAUGCCUGCACCGGUUGCUACUGGGGAGUCCAUGGUAAAUUACCUUGAAAAAUGCAGCAGUACUCUCCAUGUAUUGCACAUAUUGUUUGUAUUUACUUCUGUAUUCGACCACCCUCCAAAGGUUGGGCCUUCCUGUAGUUCCAAGAUAUUGUGUAUGUGCUUUAUGGAUGUCCCUGACUCCUUGCAUGGGUUGCAGUUCUAUGUCCAUACAAGAGCAGUGGAAGUUCCCAGUAUGGCAGUAUGUCUGUUUACAGUAUCAAUUUUUGUAAGUCUCCUGGUCAUCUGAACUCAAAAAAAUUUCAUGAUAGCAUCUUUAGCGUGUGUUCAGGAUCAGGCAUGUCUUUUGCUUGCACUUAGAAUGGUUGUAAUUCCAGAGCAAUGAAGUGAGACUUUGUGCUCCUCUGCAAGCAACUGCAGUUUCAAUGGCAACAGCAUCAACAUGAGAAUGAAAUCUAGAGCUCAAUUGAGACAGUAUUAUUGCUACAAUAAUCUAAAAUGUGAAAAACUGUAUAAUUCACUGGCAUAAAAAAAGUUUUUUGAAACUUCAGCUGAAAGAAUGUAUGAACGUUGGCUCUGUUAGGACAGCACACGACCGAAGAU